CCCGCCUCCUUCCCCGCCCCAUUGGCCGCGCUGAGCGCAGGCCGCUCGCUCAUUGGCUGGGAGCAGCAUCCCCGCGGAAGGGCCGGUUGGCGGCAUGGUGCGCUUCAAGAACAGGUACGUGCUGUGCGAGCUGCUCUCCGACGACCCGCGCUGCCGCCGCUGCAUCGAGGAUCGCGCUGUGGGACUGGCCGUCAGGGACGCCAUCGUUAGGGCGCACGGCGACUACGGGCUGGGCUGCUGCUGCGUGUCGUUCACAGUGAAAUACCUGAACGCCUACACCGGCACCGUGCUGCUGCGCUGCAGGAAGCCAUGCCGGCCGCUGCUCUGCGCCGCGCUGCCGCUCGUGCGACACCUGGAGAGCCGCGGGCAGCGCUUCCACUGCGCGCUGCGCACCCUGCACGUGGGAGGGACCAUCAGAACCUGCCAGAAGUUUCUGAUCCAAUACAACAGGCGGCAGCUGCACCUGCUGCUGCGGAACUGCGCCAAUGAAGGGCACAAUGACUGUGUGUGCUUUGCAGAGGAGAGGCGCAGGGUGCAGCAGGCCGUGAUGAGCUGCUCCAUCACAGAGGAGCAGGCACAGAGUGGGGAUGAGGAGGAGGAGGAGGAGGAUGGCACAGAGACGGACUGAGCAGCACCUGCUCACCUUUGUUCUGCAUCGACCAUCUUACUGUGUUCAGUAAAGCAAGUAAAGGUGCUUUUCAUGUCCCUGCAUGGACUUCAUUUCUCUCUUCCAAAUGUUCUUAAAUAAAAUGCAUUCAAAUAAACCACAAAAGAUUACACUGCAGUAGGUUUUUCGCCUCUUUUAUUCCAGGAUUCAAACCUUUGACUGCUCCUAAGGAGCAGAGAAGCUCAAUGUGAUCUUCAUGCUGAGGUAGAACUGAGCUUUAGGCAGUUGUAUGGGAAAGAAAUGGAGUUAUGCUCCUUCAGUACAGAGAGCAGGAACUUCAGUUUUUGACCUUAUUUUCCAGGGCACCUGUUCUUCAUGGGGCUGUCUGGUGCUUCAGGUCACAAAAGCACCGAUUGUCUACAUGGGAGCAUAGAUUACAGCAAACACAACAUGGAACUACAUGGCUCAGCUCCAUCCAACCCCUUUUAAAACUCAUAGGUACAAUUACUGCUUAGGUAUUUAUUAAGGUUACACCAAUCAGUUACAGGAAGGUAGCACUGCUGCUCACAGCUCUUGAAUCCAUGGGAAAACAAGACGCAACUUGAAGGUCUGCCCUUUGGAGACCACUCAAGUAGAUACUCCUGUUCCAUAGCUUAAAAUGACACAAGUAGAAAACAAUCGCACUGUGAACGCAGUUAACUGCAUACUUCAAUUUAUUUCAUGACUUUUUUCUGUGCCCUCACCAGUUUUCCUGUGUGCAUUCGAAGCAUUAACAACAAGCUGUGCACCACUCCUGGGCGCUCUGGUUCUUUGUAUUCCCUUGGCAAGCUCUGCUCUCCCUCAAGUGUAGUUAGUUGUGACCAAGUGUGAAAUUAAGCUGCUUUCAAAGAAUGUUUUGCAAGUGUUUCCUCUGUUCUCCUAUCACAACAGAAACGUUCCUGACCUCCCCAGUCUCCCCCCCUUUCUGUCUCCCAGCUGCAGACUGGUUUAUGCUCUUUGGUACUUGGGUGCCUUCAGGAAGCACCUGUAGAAGGAGCCUCUUGUUUUGACAUGAAGCACCGAUAUGCUGACAGCCUUUUUAGGGAGGGAUAAAAGCAAUGAGUGUAUCAGUGUGAGGAUGGCUAACAACAGGAGUCUCAACUCCACGACUUCCUUGCUCAAACUGGUCACAGUGCAGAAGGGAGGGGGGGCAUGGAUUGCUUCUUAAUGGAAGCAUAAGCUUUUCAAACACCAUGUGAAUGCACUUCUUGGUACAGGUGGGGCUGAAUGUAACAGAAGAUACCUGUCACUCUUGCCCUAUGUUACAUGGUACUUCAUACCAGCUUCCUGAAGGGAACCCAUAGCAUGAGUAGGAUGCUAAAUUUGCACGUGUUACCAAAAGUGGCAUGAUACUGUGGUGGUACAAACAUUAUAGCUCAAAAAAGUCUGCAGUAUUGUAAGUGUGCGCAUGUGAUUUAUUGCAACUGGUGGCCUUGACUGGUACAUUACACCUACAGUUCAUUUUAUUUAACAAAAUCCACACCACUUAACUCAUUAGCUUCAAAUCAAACCACAAGCAGUGCAGAAUGCAACCACCCAAAGAAAGAGGGAAGAAGGGUCCAGAAGAGGCAUAUUUAUAGCCCGAGGUGCUUACUGCAGAUCAGCUCACAGCACAGAACCAAGCAGAUACAGGACUUUAUCCCAGUGCAAGAGAUCCAUGUUUCUUGCUGGGGGAUACAGUGCCUAUACACUCCAACUAUUAGUUCCUCCAAUUCAAGAGCAGCCAGUGUCAAAAUAUAGUUCACCUAUUUACCGGGAGCCCGAGGGUGGAGUGUUUACUCGGGAUGAUCAUCAGGUUACAAGGAAUUUGUCAGCCAUGGUUGGCUAAAGGAAAAAAAAGAAUUAGCAGCCUCAUUUAACCCACAUUAAAGCAGAGUUAAACAACCGAGACAAGCCAGGAGUUCCUUCUACCACUAGUGCCAGUACGCAUUCUGAAAUACACAAUUUCAGCAACAGUCACUUCAAAACCAGGUAGCCAAGUUCUGCUUUACACUCAACUCGACUUUAAGCCUUUCAAAGCCAGGAGAACAGAAGGAAUUCUUGCUUUUUAGAAAAAGAACAGAUAGCAGCUAACACUUCAAAGCCAGAAAGCUCUUUUGCCCCAGUGCAGAGGAAACCAGUUUCUGAAGAAAGCAGUUUAACAGCUUUACUGAAACAGCACUCGCAAUCAGACAGACUGCUGUCUGUGUGUUCCCAGGGGAAAUAAAAGCUCUGACUCUUCACAUAGGCAAUACUGCAGUGCUUUGGCAGUACCAUACAGAUGUAAAAUGCUUUUAUACUGCUUACUAGGCCAAAAGAACUGACGUGGUACAGACCAGAAGCCUUGGCUGAAUGGUCUCUGUUUUUUUUCUUUCAAAACUUCGUUUCAAUAUAAAUCAAUUUGGUAAGCUGGAAUAA